AUGCCACCGUCGAAACGAAACCGUGUCGUCCCGACCUCAAAAGUGCGCAAAAAUAGGAAGGAGCUCAUCCGCCGACUCGCCGCAAAUGUUCGAGAUGCGGCAGAAAAGUACUCUUACAUCUGGGUGUUUGACGUCCAAAACACUCGCAACAAUUUCCUCAAACAGGUCAGAGCAGAUUUUAGUGACUCCAGGAUAAUGAUGGGAAAGAACAAAGUCUUGAUGGUGGCACUGGGGCAGACGGAGGAAACGGAGUGCGUACCGGGGGUUAGUGCAUUGGUACCGUAUGUCAAAGGCGAAGUCGGCCUUCUCUUCACAAACCAGGAAAUUCCAAAAAUCGAAGAAUAUUUCGCAGACUGGUUGAAUCAGGACUUCGCUCGGAGCGGCAGCACUGCAAUCCGAGACGUCAGAAUACCACCGGGAGAAAUUCACACUCAGUAUGGCAUUGAGGGCGGCGAGGAUGAUCCGCUGCCUGUCCAGAUUGAACCCACUCUUCGAAAACUCGGGAUUCCAACACGUCUGGUCAAGGGCAGAGUGAUGUUGGAAGAACAUCCGGAAGGGUCAAUGGAUGAAGAAGAAGGUUAUCUUGUCUGCAGGGAAGGGGACACGCUCGACUCAAGACAAACCGCGAUCCUGAAGAUUCUGGGUGUGCGCAUGUCCGAGUUCAGGAUCGGACUUAGGGCUGUAUUUGAGAAAAGACUUAAGGCUGUAUUUGAAAAAGAAACGAUGGUACAAGCGCCGGGAGUUAUGGAUAUUGACGACACCAAGGUUUCAUGA